UCACAGAGCCUGUGUUGUUGUAUUCAGUGAAGCGAAAGACGCUGUCGUGUACACGUCUUCCGUUAUAUUUUGUGUUUAUUCUAUUUCAUUCCGUAAAUAUAAGAACAAAACGCUUUGACCGAUACAAAAGACUUUUUAAACCACCUGAAAUGUGAAUGGCUUCGACAAAUCAGUGAUAGUGCACUUCUUGGAUUAGCAGAGGGGUAUCAACAUUGUGGACAACCGAAGAAUUCCAUGAGAUGUUAGAUCUUAACUGAUGGAUCGUCUCUGGAUCACCUUAACGUCUAGAAUAGUUGACUGGUGCAGUUCCAAAACGUUGAGUUGUCUGCCCGCAGCAUCUUCAGAACCCUAUGAAUAAAUUUUGAGAACAAGGACAAAGAUCGAGAGCUGCAGUUUGCGAAGAGCAAAAAUAAGUCAUGAUUUCAAGAUUGCCCUUAGUGAUUGCCACCACGGCAUUAACCGUGGUGUUCAUUGCUUCAGCAGCGCUAGAGGGAUCCAAUGUCUGUACCAGACAGGAGACAUUCACCGUCACAGUCAACGUUUCGGAGCAAAAACCUUAUAAAGUGAGGGAGAACACCUGGUGCUUCAGUUUUCCCCCCAGAUGCUCGACGUAUCGGAUGGGAUUUAAGACAAUUUAUAAAACUCAGACCCUAACAAAACAAAGACCAGUGGACGAAUGUUGUAAAGGCUACGGGCAGACGCAGUCCGGUGAUAAGUGUGUUCCAAUUUGCUCACAAGAUUGUAAACAUGGUUUAUGUGUUGCACCAGAUGAGUGUAAAUGUGAAACGGGUUACGGUGGGCCAGCAUGUGAUAUUAAGUGUCCCUUGGGUAAAUGGGGUCGCGACUGCAGUGAGGACUGCACGUGUAUGAAUGGCGCAGCCUGCGAUCCCUUCGAUGGAAAGUGUAGAUGUACAAAAGGAUGGACUGGGUUCAAUUGCGAUCAGAAAUGUUCACCUGAUCGCUACGGACAAGAUUGCGGAGAAGAAUGCAGGUGUAGAAAUGGUGGCAGCUGUCAUCAUGUCUCAGGAGAGUGUCAUUGUGCACCGGGGUACACUGGACCACUCUGUGAUGACCUUUGCCCUGAGGGAAAGCAUGGUGAGGAGUGCAAGACUGAGUGUAGGUGCCAGAAUGGAGGAUAUUGCUCACCUACUACUGGAGAAUGCUUCUGUACUCCUGGAUGGAUUGGACUAGUGUGUGCUAACAGAUGUCCCGAUGGUUUCUGGGGUGAAGGAUGUACCGCGGAAUGUACAUGUUAUAAUGGAGCUGCAUGCCAUCACGUUAAUGGCACGUGCAUAUGCAAGCCAGGGUUUCACGGCGAUCAGUGUUUCUACAAUUGUCCGAAGGGGAAAUUUGGGAAUAACUGCGAGAAAAAUUGUACAUGUGAGAACGGAGCGAGUUGCAGACCCACCGAUGGGGCUUGUCUUUGUGGUUCUGGCUGGACUGGAGCGAAAUGCCAGCAGAGAGCUUGCAGAGAUGAGGCUUAUGGACCCAACUGCACUAAAGCUUGUGAAUGUGAGAAAGAAAACACUGAACUCUGCCAUCCCUGGACCGGUGAAUGUGUUUGUAAAGUGGGUUGGGACGGAGCUACCUGUUCUCGUCCCUGUCCAUUUUACUCCUACGGCAAGGGAUGUGAAAAUCGCUGCAACUGCAAAAACGAUGCCCCAUGUCAUCCAAUGAAUGGAACGUGUAUUUGUACUGCUGGAUUCAAGGGUGAGGAUUGCAGUGAGGUCUGUCCUAAAAAUACAUUUGGAGAGGACUGUGCGCAGAAGUGCUCCUGCAAAAAUGGGGCUUCGUGCUCACCUGAGAACGGACGGUGUAACUGUACUGCAGGAUGGGAUGGUGUCCUUUGUGAUCGUCCCUGCGCCGACGGUUCAUUCGGAAUAAACUGCGAGGGGAAAUGCCAGUGUCUUAACAAUGCUGCCUGUAAUCCCCAGAAUGGCACAUGCACGUGUGCGGCCGGCUAUCAUGGUGAGCACUGUCAGGAGAAGUGCGGGAAGGGAUUCUUUGGCCACGAGUGCACUCAGGUCUGUGAUUGUGACGAUGAGAACACCGUCGAGUGUGAUCCAGCCACUGGUCGAUGCAUCUGCAAGCCUGAGUGGCGAGGAAUAAGAUGCGAGACGAGAUGUCCUCCGGGUAUGUAUGGGGAUGACUGUGACUCCAAAUGCAACUGCAUGAACAAUAGCUCGUGUGACCCCCAGACAGGAAGUUGCGUUUGUGCCAGGGGUUGGGAGGGUGCUGAUUGUUCUCAACCGUGUAAACAUGGUUGGUACGGUGUCAAAUGUAAAGAGAAGUGUCCCGAGAAGAUGCACGGAAAUAUGACGUGUGAUCAUGUCACUGGACAGUACGUCUGUAGACCUGGGUAUCUGGGACUCACCUGUGAACAUCCUUGCCCUCCUGAUAGAUACGGAUUGAACUGUGCUAAUCGAUGUGAUUGCAAGAAUGAUGGAGAGUGUCAUCAUGUCACAGGAAUCUGUCAGUGUCGGCCUGGAUGGAAAGGCGAACGCUGUCAAACACCCUGUCCUCAGGGUACCUUCGGUACGAACUGCACCCAACACUGCAAAUGCCAAAAUGGAGGUAAAUGCAGAGCUAACGACGGUGUAUGCAGGUGUCUACCAGGUUUCACUGGUGCCCGGUGCACUGAAAUCUGUCCUGAAGGCUACUACGGAGACCACUGUAUGGAACCUUGUGAAUGCAAGAACGACAACUUCAUCUGCCACCCUGCACAGGGUUGCUCCUGCAAGCACGGAUAUACAGGUCCCAACUGUGACGAUGAGAUCUUUUCCAGGAAUGUCCAGGACAAACCAGAAGCUGGCUACGGCAGUGUAGUCUCCGGAAUUUGCGCAGCGAUUCUCGUAAUCGCUAUAACUUUAGCUGCAUGGAUGUACCACAAGCGUCGAGUCGCCAAUUUGAAGAUGGAGAUCGCUCAGGUGCAAUAUAUAGCUGAACCCGUGACUCCUCCAGACCGCAACCACUUUGACAAUCCUGUGUACUCGUAUCAGGGAACUUCCAAAACCGAUGAUGGAACAGCUACGCUCCUGAAUAAUGGAUUGAUUCGAAAUAAUCUGGGAAUGAAAAAUGUCAACAGCGAGAGAGCGAAAUUGGGCUUCUGCGGAGAUGAUGAUGAAGAGAGUUGUAAAGGAGCUUAUGGUAUUCAAUACGAUCACUCAGCAUCGUUGAAGAAUAAGGAUGCAGACUUGGGAAAUCCCAAUGUCAAUGUUUAUCACAGUAUUGAUGAGAUGGACUGCAAAAAAGCUGCUGAACAUCUUUACGAUGAGAUUAAACAGAAUAAUGGUGAAAUGGAGUACGAUCAUUUGGACUACACCAGGCCCAUGAGUGCAUGGAAACCUCACUAUCAGAGGAUGGCUAAUGGUUUUGGACCUAGCAGGGAUGGCAGCGGGACCAGCAAGGCCAGUCAGAGUGACACUGAUAGGACUGAUGGUCGCUGAACAUCAGUGGAAGGGCUUCGGCUAAGUAAUUGUGAAGGUGUCAUGGAAGUAUUGGAGUUUUCUAGCUUUGGAAAUUAAAGUGAUGACAAAAUUGUUAUUUUUCUAUAAGUGAGACUGCUAUUGAACGUUUUGGAAGAUUUUGGAGAGAAGAUGAUUGUAAGGGGAGGGGAAAGCAACCUGGAAGCUAAUGCAGGUUGCUUUGCACAAUUUCAUUAACUGAUGUAAAGCAGUUCCGAAAACCGACGAAUAACUUCUGAGCAAUGGAUUGAUUCGAAAUAAUUUCCGAGUGAGGAACGGCAAUAGAGGGUGCAAGAAAUUGAGUGUCUGCAGAGAUGAUGAUGAGGAGAGUUGUUAACGAGAUUAUGGCAUUUAAUACGAUUACUCGGCGUCGUUGAAGAAUAAGAAUGCAAACUAGGGGAAAUUGUAAUGCCAAUGUUUACGACAGUAUUGAUAGGAUGGACUACAAGAAAGCUGCUGAACAUCUCUAUGACGAUAUUAAACAGAAUAAUAGGGGGUAUGGAGUCGAUUUAUAAAGUCAAUCUUCGUUAAUCAAUUGUAACAGAUAAUACGAAAAAGAUCAGAUCUAAAAAGUGCUCAGAUUCGAAAAUGGAAAGGGAAAUUUCCAUUUCAAAAUGCGUACUCUUCAAUACCUCUAAUGAAAGUCUUCUAGCAUUUUUUUCCUAAAUCCAUGUUUCUGGAGGUACAUCCAUUGUUUCGCAUAAGCGCAAUACAAAUAUAUUAGAAAUGAAGCAGGUUCACAGAAUUGUUUUGAUAGAAUAUUCUAAACCUUGUCUUCUCGAGAAUAUUUUGGAAAGAAUCUCAGAUUUCGUUUCAAUUUGUCACGUCUCUGCUAAAAAAUGAAGAAAUAAAAGUUUACAUAGAUUUUAACAAAAAACCUUUUAUCAAAAAAAUCAUGGAUAUUGCAAAUGAACCUGAGGGUAAAUCAUGAGAGAGAGAUAUAUUUUAAAAACAAAAAAACCAAUACGAAAAUGGAAUCAAUUAAGUCAAUUCUACAUUGUUAUUGAUCUCUAUCUUCCUCUGUCUUUUUACAAAAUUCUGUGCAAUUUUUAUUUAACUAUAGACUUUUAUAUUUUACCUUUUAUCUGCAUGAAAAGAUCUUUCAUUGAAUAAGUAAAUAAAAUAGAAGGCAGGGAACAGAGCUCAUUCGAUUCCUCUGAGUGAAUUUUAUUCUAAAGAAAAUAAAAGCUAAAAUAUUGUAUAUAAAAAUCAAUGGCAUAAAUGAGGAGAUUUUGAACUCGGUUUAAUUGUCUCAAUGGGCUGAUAAAUUGGUUCCAGAUUUUUUGAUUCCUCUUUGAGAGUUGAAUCAAGAACUGGGCGAAUUUGUACGGCUUCACUGCCUUGUAUACGUACUUUCUAUUCUAGUACAACUUGGCACUUUUAUUUUUUGUAUUCACAGAUAUAGCAUAUAUUAUAUAAUGUAUAUAUUUAUAUAUUAUUUUCAUCUACAGUUAAGAAGCGUUGUAUUUUAUUCAGAUCUAUAUCAUAGUCAGAUGAGGAAAAAACAAAACAAAAAGAAUUUUUAUUUUAUCGUCUUAUUUCGUUUUUUAAUCAAUAGUUGAAUGAGUCUAAGAUGAGAUAGCAAUCAAUAAAUUUACGAAGAGUACAAAGCUGACGAUACUACAUUAGCUGAUGAGAAAUUGUAGUGGGAACAAAUCUAUCCACAACUUUUAAUGAAGAAUAUUCUCCAAUCUACAGAACAAUUUUGUUGCCAUUUUUUUAGUGACUAGUUUUUUUUUAUUUAAAAAGUGCUUUCUCCUUUAUUGUCCAUUCAAUUAUUGAUAUAUUGGUCGUCACUACGACUGUUUUUACCCUGUGAUAAGUCUGUAAAAGUAACGUCUCCAUAUCGUAGCGUAAUAAUCCAUCAAAAAAACCUUUUUUUUAACAUUAAAAAGAGAAAAAUUAUGUAUAAUCAACUGGGGAUGAAUAAAAAAAAGAAAACGAUCA